AAUAAUUUUUGUCGCCACAAACCUUGUCGGGUGGAGCUAGGCAUCUUUGGGAACAGAGACAAAAUACAAAACAAAGAGCUAUGCUUAUAGACUAUUGUGUAAAGAAAAACAGGACAAAACCAGCUUUUUGCCUACAAACCAAACACCCCCACUCUCUCUAAAUCUAAACAAAUCCCAUCUAAAACUCAUAAGAAGCUUCCUAAAAAGAAUACAAAAUAACCCACAGAGAGAGCAGAAGAAGCCAUUGUUACUUUUACCUUUUCUUCAAGUUUCAAAAUUUAUGAUUCACGAGAGCCCAUUUCUUUCUAUUGCCCUCCCAUGGCUCCCCUCCUCUCCUUUUGAGGAAGUACUGUUUCGUCUCCUUCUUCAUCUCCUGCUGCCUGCAUUUUCAGUCUAACUCUUAACAUUUUUUGAAUAUAAGAGAGAGAGAGAGAGAGAGAGAGAGAGAGGCAUGGCUUGGCUAAGCUUGGCUUUUGCAGGCUACCCCAUGUGAGUAGCUGCAUUUUUUUUCUACCCAUUAUUCCAAGUAGUCAAUGCUUUUGGGUUGGACAGUGAGGAGUCUGUUUGACUGCAAAAACAGUCACUUUCUUGUGCCACAGUGCUUUAUAUCUAUAUGAUAUAUCAUAUAUGAUGAAGAGAGAGAUAGAGAAGAAAAGGAGUUAACCCUUUUGAAAAACAACCAGAAAGAGACUUCAUCUGCUUCAUCUCUUUCUGUUUCUGUUGCUGUUGCUCACUUUUCAAACCUGAAAGCAAUUAAUGGAUCUUACCUCUCCCAAAUACUUUCAGUCUCCUCCCAUGUUUGACUCAAAUGGGGAACCGCCAUUGGAGGGCAGGAGAAGCUUCUAUGGUAAAACCAAGGACGACCCUUUUGCAGACACCUUCCAUGACCCACUUUGCAAGCUCAACCUCAAAGAAACUUCCGAGUUUGUCAAGUCAUUACCAAUGGCGAACAAUAUCCCCUGCUUAGAAACCAGAGGCGUCCUUCAAGUUUCAACACAGAGGAGGAGAGAUGGAGUUAACUCGGUGACUCAGAGACGAGUUGCAGAGUCUCCUUCCACUCCUGGAAGACCUGUUUUUGGGUUCAGUGUUGGAAACCUUUCCAGAAAGAACGUCCCCUCAAAGUGGGACGAAGCAGAGAAGUGGCUGGUUUGUAGCCCUUGCAAUGACUCGCCAGCCCACGCCUUGAAGGCAUCGGAGCCCACAAAGUUACUAAAGCAAUGUGAUAACUUUAAGYCGCAAGCUGAGGUCUUUGCGGAGAAGUCUCGAGUUACAGAGGAAAAGGUUUCUAAGACAGUCUUUGGCUUUCUUGAAUCUCCAACUUUGGCACGAAAUAACAGCAACCCAUUAAGAGCUUUUAAUGCAGUUUCUGAUUUACAUCUAAAAGAUAAGUUCAUGGACAAUGUAGAGCCAAUUUUGCCAACAAAGGAAGGAUUUCUGUUCAACAGUCCCCCCAUUAACAAGAUGAAAGUUGCAGGCGCCAUUAAUGAGGUUCAACACAGAGACAUUGGAACAGAGAUGACUCCUCUGGGCAGUUCCACCACCUCAAGGUGCCCCACGCCAUUCAAAAGCACUUCCCCGGCGCGCCAUAACACACCGGCAAGCAGAUCCGGGCCGCUCGGUGUGGUCAGCACCGACGGGGAUAGCGCCACCAUCGACAUUUCCCAGUUGCAGGAAUGCCAUUUGGCAAAGCUACAGCUUCAAACUCAAUUCGACUCUGUUGCAUCGAAUUGGAGCUCGAGGGAGGAGGAAGAGGAGGAAAUAUCCAAAAGCUUGAGACACUUCGAAACCGGCAACGAAUGCCGGAAAAGUAUAUCGGAUUCCAGAGCUGCAGCUUGGGAAGAAGAGGAGAAGACCAAAUGCUGCACCAGAUAUCAGAGAGAAGAAGCCAAGAUACAGGCUUGGGUAAACCUCCAAAAUGCAAAAGCAGAAGCUCAAUCCAAGAAACUUGAGGUGAAAAUCGAAAGUAUGAGAUCAAAUCUAGAGGAGAAGCUGAUGAAGAGGCUGGCAAUAGUCCACAGAAAAGCUGAGGAAUGGAGAGAAGCAGCCAGACAACAGCAUUCUGAUCAGAUUCAGAAAGCCACAGAGCAAGCCAGGAAGCUAAACUGGCGACACUCUUAUUUUUCAGACCACAGUACCUCUUCUUGUGGUUGCUUCCCUUGCCGUAACACUCACUAAAAUAGAACAAUGAACACAAACACUUGUAUCAACUUUUCUUACAGUGACAAAAGAAAAAAAUGGAAGAA